CUCCUGCGCAUGCGUGUUCUUCAUUCUGAGAAAACACCUUGUCCAAACCGAAAGUAAAGGCUCGAUUCUUAAGAAUGUAAAAUCUGUCGUAAAUAUCACAUUACGAUCUGAAGUUUCUCAUUAUGGAGAACAGAGAGAGGAGAUCUUCAUCUGCAGAACCCAGCUGUGUGUCUCUGAAGAGUGAAGGAUCUAUGAGUCAUCCUCUUCAUUUCAGUGUUGGAGCAGUGACCUCUGACCCCAGUGGAGUGGAAAGAGAUGAUCAAACUGGAGACCUGCAGCAAGAUUCUCCUCAACCAAUGAAUGAUGAACUACCGAGAGUCAAAGACCGACACAAAACCAGCAUGAAGAACAAGUAUGAGAGAUUAUUUGAGGGAAUGAAAAUCCAAGAGAAUGAAACCCUCCUGAACAGGAUCUACACACAGCUCUACAUCAUAGAGGGAGAGAGUGAAGGAGUGAAUGAAGAACAUGAGGUUUUACAGAUGGAGAAAACAGCCAGAACACAACACUCACAAGACAUUCCAAUCUACUGCAAUGACAUCUUUAAAGCCUCACCUGAGCCAGGAUGUGAGGAGAAACACCAGAUCAAGACUGUUCUUACUAAAGGAAUCGCUGGAAUCGGAAAAACCGUCUCUGUGCAGAAGUUCAUUCUGGACUGGGCCGAGGGAAAAGCCAAUCAGGAUGUAGAUUUCAUGUUUGUGCUUCCAUUUCGAGAGCUGAACUUGAUCCGAGAUCAUCAGUACAGUCUUCACAGUCUUCUGCUGGACUUUCAUCCUGAACUUCAAGAUCUGGACUCAAAGAUUUAUGAGGAGUGUAGAGUUGUGUUCAUCUUUGAUGGUCUGGAUGAAAGCAGAAUGACACUGAUGUUUUCAGAUGAUGAGAAAGUUUCUGUUGUGACUGAGACUUCAUCAGUGGGUGUGUUGAUGUCAAAGCUCAUGAAAGGAGAGCUGCUUCCCUCUGCUCUCAUCUGGAUCACCUCCAGACCAGCAGCAGCCAAUCAGAUCCCCUCCAAAUACAUCAACCGUUUGACAGAGAUUCAGGGAUUCAAUGAGCCUCAGAAGGAGGAAUAUUUCAGGAAGAGAAUCAGUGACGAGCAUCAAGCCAGCAGAAUCAUCUCACACAUCAGAAGAGCAAGAAGCCUCCACAUCAUGUGCCACAUACCCGUCUUCUGCUGGAUCUCAUCCACUGUGCUUCAGAAGCUCCUGAAUGAAGAUCUGAGUGCAGAAAUCCCUCAAACUCUGACUGAAAUGUACAUCCACUUCCUGCUGAUUCAGAUCAACAUGAGGAAUCAGAAGUAUGAAAAGAGAGAUCCAGAGAAACUCCUGCAGUCCAACAGAGAAGUGAUUGUGAAACUUGCUGAAGUGGCUUUCAAUCAGCUGAUGAAGGGCAAUGUGAUGUUCUAUGAGGAGGACCUGAGAGAGAGCGGCUUAGAGGUCACUAAUGCCUCAGUGUAUUCUGGGAUUUGCACUGAGAUCUUUAAGGAGGAAUCUGUGAUUCAUCAGAGGAAAGUCUACAGCUUUGUUCAUCUGAGCGUUCAGGAAUUUCUUGCUGCUUUCUAUCAGUUUUACUCUCAUGUGACCAAAAACAAGGAACCACUGCAUGAAUUCAGCUUUUACAGAUCUGAUGAAGACUCUCUGUAUGAUCUACUAACAUCAGCAGUAAAUAAAGCCCUCAGGAGUCAGAAUGGACAGCUGGAUCUGUUCCUGCGGUUCCUGCUGGGCAUCUCACUGGAGUCCAAUCAGAGACUCUUACAGGAUCUACUGACACACACAGAGGAAAGCUCAGAGAUCAUCAGGAGAAUCACAGUGUACAUUCAACAGAAGAUCAAAGAUGGAUGUGAACUCUCAGCUGAUGAAUCCAUCAAUCUGUUCCUCUGUCUGCUGGAAAUGAAAGAUCAGACUCUGUCCAGAGAGAUUCAGGAGUUUGUGAAAUCAGACAAACACUCAGAGGAGAAACUCUCUCCUGCUCACUGCUCAACAAUUGCCUACAUGUUUCAAAUAUCAGAGGAGGUGCUGGAUGAGCUGAACCUCAAGAAAUUCAACACAUCAGAUGAAGGGAGAAGAAGACUGAUACCAGCUGUGAUCAACUGCAGAAAAGCUCUUCUCUAUCACUGUAAUCUCACUGUUCAUUGCUGUGAGAGUUUGUCAUCAGCUCUUCAAUCCUCAGACUGUUCCCUGAGAGAGCUGGACCUGAGUUACAAUGACCUGCAGGAUUCAGCAGUGAAGCUUCUUUCUGAUGGACUGAAGAGUCCAAACUGUCAGCUGGAGAUACUGAGGCUUUCUGGCUGUAAUCUCUCUGUUCAUUGCUGUGAGAGUUUGUCGUCAGCUCUUCAAUCCUUAAACUGUGUCCUGAGAGAGCUGGACCUGAGUUACAAUGACCUGCAGGAUUCAGCAGUGAAGCUUCUUUCUGAUGGACUGAAGAGUCCAAACUGUCAGCUGGAGAUACUGGGGCUUGCUCACUGUAAUCUCACUGUUCAUUGUUGUGAGAGUUUGUCAUCAGCUCUUAAAUCCUCAAACUGCGUCCUGAGAGAGCUGGACCUGAGUAACAUUCAUAUGCAGGAUUCGGGAGUGAAGCUUCUUUCUGAUGCACUGAAGAGUCCAAACUGUCAGCUGCAGAUACUGAAACUUGCUCUCUGUAAUCUCACUGUUCAUUGCUGUGAGAGUUUGUCAUCAACUCUUCAAUCCUCAAACUGUGUCCUGAGAGAGCUGGACCUGAGUAACAAUGACCUGCAGAAUUCAGGAGUGAAGCUUCUUUCUGAUGCACUGAAGAGUCCAAACUGUCAGCUGCAGAUACUAAGGUUGUCUGGCUGUAUGGUGACAGAGGAAGGCUGUGGUUUUGUGUCUUCAGCUCUGGGUUCAAACCCCUCACACCUGAGAGAGCUGGAUCUGAGCUACAAUCACCCAGGAGAUUCAGGAGUCAAGCUGAUGGACAAACUGAAGGAUCUAAACUGCUCACUGCAGAUACUCAAUGUGGAUCAUGGAGGGGAGAUCAGGAUCACAGCAGGACUACGAAAGUGGGCCUGUGAUCUCACACUGGAUCCACACACAGUAAACACUCGUCUCAUUCUGUCUGAGGAGAACAGGAAGGUGACAGGUGUGGAAGAGCAUCAGCCGUAUCCUGAUCAUCCAGAGAGAUUUGAUGAGUGUCGUCAGGUUCUGUGUGGAGAGAGUCUGACUGGACGCUGUUACUGGGAGGCUGAAUGGAGCGGAGAUGCUGAAAUAUCAGUGACGUAUAAAGGAAUCGGCAGGAAAGGAGGGAGGGACUGUGUGUUUGGAUUCAAUGACAAAUCCUGGAGUCUGAUCUGCUCUGAUAACAGAUUCAGUGUCUGGCACAAUAAUAACUUCACUAACAUACCUGUCGUCCGUUCAUCCUCUAAUAGAGCAGGAGUGUAUGUGGACGUGUCGGCCGGCACUCUGUCCUUCUACAGCGUCUCUGACACAUACACACUCACACACUUACACACAUUCAACACCACAUUCACUGAACCCCUCUAUGCUGGAUUUAAGCUUUAUAUUGAUUCUUCAGUGUCUCUGUGUCAGAUUAACUAACAAACACACACAUACACAUACACGCACUUGUAAAUUCUCUUUCUAAUGUCCACAUGCACACAGAGUCAUCAAAUCUGUGUGUAGUUGUUUAGCUUCAUCUAAUUGUGUUGAUAGUAUUUAAUUUUUUAGAUUAAGAGCUGACCUUUCAACUGCUGGCAGGGCUUACCCAUCCGAUGCCGUGAGUAUUCGGGUUCCCGUCAGAUGCUGUGAGAGCUUGAAAGGUUAUUAAUUACCAUGCGAUGCGAAGCUGAAGUGAUUGACAGCUUCAGUCAUUAUAAAGGGAGCACUCUUUGCUUACUUUCUCUAUAGGUAAUUUAAAUAAGUUUUAUUUUUCAUGCUGCUAAGAGGACCAGUGAGUACAUAUACACUGCAGAGAUUCAGGAGGGAAAACCAAAUGCAGAGUGAAUCCGCUAAAAUAUCCCUGAUAUUAUGUGACAUUAAAGCUCAUAUUUGGCAAUGUUCUUUUCAUUUAUGGAGACCUCCAAGAGUCUGUAUAACUUAUGGUGUGAUUUACGCACAUUUGUUUAAAAUAUUUAUGGGAAGAUUGUUCACAUGUUGUAGGCAAAAGUUUUGUACCUGUAUUGUUUACAAUACAGAUGCACAUUCUCAUAUUUUUUCUUUUCAUUUUUUCCCUUCUAAUUAUUAUCAUGUGGGGUGUGUCUAUUUUUUUCUUAAAUGCAUAAAUUCAGGUUUGGUUUGAUUGGUUGUGUUACAUGAGAAAAUAAAUAUUUAUCUACCUGAUGUAGAUUUGUGGGUGUGGUUUGGGUCGGGUACGGAAUUAAAUUAGUGCUGCUGUGAAUCGUGUGUUCUGUUAAGCAGUGUGCGCGGGCCACUCACUUUACCAAAGUGAGUGGAUAAUGCAAAUAAAAAAGCACUGUUUCUCUGGCAUUUUCAAAGGCUCAUAAAAUAUAACAGUCUAAUGUCUAAAUUAUUUUUUACAUCUUUUACUGAACCAUUUUUAUGGGCCUAAUACUUCAGUGCAAAUGAAUGAGUUAUUUCAGGGCAAGACAACCAUGAUUGUAAAGCAAAUCGUGUUUGGUUGGAUCAAGAGCAUGCUAUGACUGGUUAGCGCAAUAUGGCGUUAUCUGAUGGGCUUAAGUAGAUGGGGAGUGGAGUACUGAGACUCGAACCCACAACCUUUGGGUUAACCAUUAGGCCACAACUGCCUUCUUCCAUGUGUGAGUGUCAGUAGAUAAAUUAGCUUUUUGCAGCCUGAUGGUUUAGUUACAGCUUCUACCAGCAGAAGACCAAGUCCAGACCUCUUGAUUAUGAUAUCAGAGGCUGCAUUUACACUGCAAGUCUUAAUGCACAGAUCUUUUAACCAUAUCCGAUUUUUUUGGCCAGUGUGUUUACAUUCACUUUAGAUGUGAUUGGUAUCCGAUAUCUGUGUUUACAUUACUUCCUGCCCCAAAUGAUUGUCAUUGAUUGUUUUACAUACACAUAGCAGACUCUCGGGUUUUGAAUGGCCGUGGUAUUAAAAUUAAUAUAUUUCAUGUUGAGUGAUCAUGAUUAGGCUACCUGUCAGAAUGGAUAAGUCAGGGGUAGGCAAGUUCGGUCCUAGAGAGCCGCUGUCUUACAGAGUUUAGCUCCAACCCUGAAAAAAACCUUCACCUGCCUAUAGCUUUAGUAAUCUUGAAGAACUUGAUUAGCUUGUUCAGGUGUGUUUGAUUAAGGUUGGAGCUAAACUCUGCAGGACAGCGGCUCUCUAGGACUGAACUUGCCUACCUCUGGGAUAAGUUAACAGGUGUCAGUGUCAUGGUUGUAUUGCAGUGCGAACUCUGAAUGAACGGAUACAAAAAUCAGAUCUCAUGUGCAUUUGUGUGUACAUAUGUGCAACUAAUUCCGACCUGUGUCAGAUGUGAGCAAAAGAUCUGAUUUUUUUGUGCCAGUGUAAACGCAGCCAGAGAGACAUUAUAUGUGCUAUUUAAUUCUCUAACUGCAAAGGCCAUUGGUGUAUCUUAUUAACUGGUCAGGGCUCAUUUUACUUGCAUUUGUCGAGUGUCAGUGUGAGCAUGCAGCGCUUUAACAGCACUAGAGUGUGCGCAAGUGAUGUACACUGAUGCACUCCAGCUGCAGGAGUUACUAAAGUCUGUUCAACCGGCCUUGACUCUUAAAGCGGCCGUUGUGGCGGGGCCACCUUCAGAACAUGGAACAGACAUGUGGGUUUGGCUCUUUUGACUCGGGCUGCCCAUCAAGGCUUUGCCAAGCCAACAUCAAAGUUUGAUUUCAAACUUUAUGUAACCCAGGUCCCAUGUAGUUAGUAAAUAAAGCUGGAGUGGUUAAUACAAUGAGACUGGGCUCGUUGUAGGGAAAUGGACCAUGACCAUGAGCAUCAGCGCUUGAGAAACGUGUUUCUCUCACAGAUCAGUGUAUUAUUAGAGUUCCCACACCUCAAGACAUUGUUCAGAUGUUCGAUCAAGACAUUUGUCAGGUUUUGUCUCUAAUCACUCCUGUGUAGGACUAAUUUCAUCCCAAGCACAUUAUCGGUGCUCAUGUAAAGGAUAAUCCAUGGCUUGGAAAUACCUGUGCAUUAGACUGAUUUAAUGUACACCUUCCAGCCAAUCAGAAUGCAGUAUUCAGACAGGCCAUGGUACAAGUAAACAUCCUCAAUGGCUCAAACAGAUUUUUUAGCUCCAGUCUCACAUACAGUAGUUGUUACUGGCCACUGUUUUAAUCCACUUAUGUCAAAUACAAACACAUUUCUAUGGAUGUAUUGCAUUUUUUCUUGCAGUGUAAAAAUGCUUUAAUUUUGACGUUUUCAACUGUGAAUAAACAGCAUUAUAUUCAUGUGGUGUAACAUUGUCAAUAUGAACUCAGUUUCUUCAUCAGUGUGAUUCCCUCUUUACUGCUGUCUAUGAAUCUGCACAUGAUCCGUGUUCGUCACAAACACAUGCACACGGUCAGAGUGGAGCAGAUGCCAGUAAAGUCUUUUUUGCUGGUUUAUUGAGAUUCAAUAAAUCUGGUGCGUCCGGCCGGACUGGAGCACGUGCUUCACUUCAUGGCGCUGGAGGGAAAGAUCUACAUGCGCAGCUACAGAGUGUUGCUGAAGAAGUCCGGCUGCCGGACGCCCCGGAUCGAGCUGGAGAAAAUGGGACCUUCCUUUGACUUUGUCAUGAGGAGAAGUCACAUGGCCUCAGACGACCUGUACAGAACCGCUCACAAAAAGCCCAAAGGAGUGAAGCCCAAGAAGAAGAAGAACAUUUCCCAUGAUGCCUUCGGCACCAGGUUUGGCCGCUUACACAUGCAGAAGCAGGACCUGAACAAACUACAGGCACACAAGAUGAAGGGCCUGAGGAAGAGGAGAGGAGAGGAGCCGGCAGAGAGCGCGUCACCCAAAACACCCCGAACAGAGAGUGACGUCUGACACACUGACAGGACUGUGUUUGAUACGAGACUUCAGACGCUUCAGACUUUCUCUACAGACCGUGUUUGUGUAGCAUCAGUCUGCAUCAGACGGUCCAUCCUCCCGCACAAACACAAUCACAUGACCAGCUGCCGCUUCAACAGGAAAUAUAAUGGAAAUGUGAUGCAAUAAACAGAUUUCUCCAGA